CGCGGAAGCGGGGUCCGGAGGGGCGGAGCGGGGAGGCGGCGUGGCUGGAGCGCCCCCCGCGGCGGGCUGCGAGGAGCGCCCGGCCCGGUCCGGUCCAGUCCGGCCCGGCCCGGCCCGGCCCCGCCAUGAACAUCGACGUGGAGUUCCACAUCCGCCACAACUACCCGUGGGGCCGCCUGCCCGCCAGCGUCAAGCAGGGUCUUGGAAACUCUCAGAAGGAAUACGAAAAGCAGGUUGUACUCUAUAGUAUUCGCAAUCAGCUACGAUUCCGAAAUAAUUUAGUUAAGCAUGUAAAGAAAGAUGAACGCAAGUACUAUGAAGACCUCUUAAAAUACAGUAGAGAUCAUCUCAUGUUGUAUCCUUAUCAUUUGUCUGACAUCAUGGUGAAAGGUCUGAGGAUAACACCGUUUUCUUAUUACACGGGAAUAAUGGAGGAUAUAAUGAACAGUGAAAAAAGCUAUGAUUCAUUACCCAACUUUACUGCUGCUGACUGUCUAAGGCUACUUGGCAUAGGAAGAAACCAGUACAUUGAUCUAAUGAACCAAUGUAGGUCAUCAAAAAAAUUUUUCAGAAGGAAAACUGCUCGUGAUCUGCUACCAGUAAAGCCAGUGGAGAUUGCUAUAGAGGCUUGGUGGGUGGUGCAAGCUGGUUACAUCACAGAAGAUGACAUUAAGAUAUGUACUACAACUGAGAAGUCUGCUAUUGAUAAGAUCAUUGACUCAGGGCCUCAGCUUGCUGGUUUGCUAGACUACAAUAUAGUUCACAGCUUGUAUAACAAAGGAUUUAUUUACCUUGACGUACCAAUAUCUGAUGACAGUUGUAUAGCUGUCCCCCCACUGGAAGGAUUUGUAAUGAACAGAGUGCAAGGUGAUUACUUUGAAACUCUACUGUACAAAAUAUUCGUUUCAAUAGAUGAACAUACCAAUGUGGCAGAGCUUGCAAAUGUCCUAGAGAUUGACCUAUCGCUGGUAAAGAAUGCUGUGUCCAUGUACUGUCGAUUGGGUUUUGCCCACAAGAAAGGCCAAGUGAUAAAUCUAGAUAAUCUUCAUCCCUCUUGGAGGAAUGUUCCCUCUAUAAAUAGACUGAAGAGUACUUUGGAGCCACAAAAGAUGCUGCUUUCAUGGGACAGUGGGGAAAACAGGAGUCCUAUACAGGAAGCUGGGUCAUCAGCUACAGAUACUGACACCAACAGUCAAGAUGAUCCAGCUGACACAGCCAGCGUGAGCAGCUUGAGUAUGUCCAGUGGACACACAAAGCGUAUUGCCUUCCUGUUCGAUUCAACUCUCACUGCCUUUUUGAUGAUGGGGAAUCUUUCACCAAACUUGAAAAGUCAUGCAGUCACCAUGUUUGAAGUUGGAAAAUUAUCAGAUGAGUCUCUAGACAGUUUUCUUGUGGAACUUGAGAAGGUUCAAAGCACUGGUGAAGGGGAGGCACAGAGAUACUUUGAUCAUGCACUUACCCUGAGAAACACAAUUCUGUUUUUGCGGCAUAAUAAGGACCUAGUGCCACAAACUGCACAACUUGAACAACCAAAUAACGGUUACCCAUUGGAUCUCUUACGGUGCGAGAGUUUGCUUGGCUUAGAUCCAGCUACUUGCAGCAGAGUGCUAAAUAAAAAUUAUACCCUGCUUGUCUCCAUGGCACCUCUUACCAAUGAAAUCCGACCCAUCAGCAGCUGUACUCCCCAGCAUAUUGGACCAGCUAUACCAGAAAUUAGCUCAGUCUGGUUCAAAUUGUAUAUUUACCAUAUUACCGGACAAGGACCACCAUCUAUGUUGCUAUCUAAAGGAACAAGGCUUCGAAAGCUUCCCGAUAUUUUUCAGGGUUAUGAUCGCCUAUUAAUAACAUCGUGGGGUCACGACCCAGGAAUAGUUCCAACUUCAAAUGUGCUCGCAAUGUUGAAUGAUGCAUUGACACAUUCUGCUGUGCUAAUUCAGGGACAUGGAAUGCACGGGAUGGGGGAAACAAUGCAUGUACCUUUUCCAUUUGAUGAAGUAGAGCAACAAGGAGAAUUUUCUCGUGUGAACAUGGGUGUUCACAAGGCUUUGAAGAUAUUGAGUGACAAAGUAGAUUUGCAGCAUUUCUGUGGCUAUGUUACCAUGCUGAACCCUUCUAGUCAACACGCAAACAGAAAGCUGAGUGAUGCUUCUGAUGGAAGAGGUGAGACUGAAUUAGCAUCAGGAUCUGAUGUAAAUGGGAGCACAGAAUCAUUUGAAAUGGUAAUAGAGGAGAGCUCACUGGAUUCUUCAUCUAAGCAAAGUCUCGAAGUACCCACAACAGAAUUGGAAUGGGUUCCCCUGGAAUUGUGCUUUGGCAUUCCGCUUUUUAGUUCAGAAUUAAACCGGAAAGUCUGCCGAAAAAUUGCCACUCAUGGACUGUGUAGAAAAGAAAGCCUUCAGAAACUCUUACAUUCCAGUAGAAAAUUGUCUCUACAGGUCCUUAACUUUGUUCAUUCAUUCCAGGAAGGUAUUUCAACAUUGGAUCUGCUCUCUGAUGUUAAUUCAAGUUUGCUUUCACACCCUUCUGCUGAUAUGUGCGUUCCUCUUCCUGCCAGGAAUUUGAUCUUCAAAGAAGGUGCAUUAUCUGAAUGGAACGGACGAUUGCCUUCCUCAAUUUUUAUUUCGGGCAUACCUAAAGAACAGAUGAAAUAGCUUGGAUUUGCCAUGCGUUGUUCACUUAAUGCCUUUUCUUUAUCAAUUACAAUUAAUUUAUAGUGCCAACCACUAAAAGGUACAAGGCUGCUGCAGCAUAACCCAUAUUACAGUAGUGUUGGUGUGGUGUGUUGCAGUAUUGGGGAAACGCUUCCACCGUGUAGAACUUAUUACUCAUUACUGCAUAUCCUGCUGCAACAGAGAGCUUUUUAGCUGUCAGCACUGUAUUUUUAUCUUGAGACAAUCUUUCUUUUAUAAUUCUAAACACACCCUUUCUAGGCUUUCUGAAAUUGUUAAAUUUCUAAACUCUCACCACAAAAAUACUGCAAUAGUUGUUUUAUAUGUUCAUUACUCUGACAUAAAUCCUGUUUAGUUUUGUAUUGUAUUACUGAAUACCUAUUCUGUAAAAGGGAAGAGAUUUGGCUCUUCCUCUGAAAGGCUCGGUGGUAUUGUAUAUUAAAAAUCCAGUAUCAUGAUGGUGUUAUGGGGCAUUAAGAAUUAUGCCUGUUGUUUGUAAAUUAUUUAAAUCGGUCUGAUACUGAGGGUUUGGCAAAACAGUACAAGUAAUUUUUGCUGUUUACUUUUUAUGUAAAAAUCUAAUUCAUCAAGGUUUGAUGCCAUGCUGAUGACUUGAGGCAAACUUUGUUAAGGUCAGUUUCAUCUUUGGCAUAAUUUCAUGGUGAAAUUUGAGUUACACCAGGGAUUAAUUUGGUUACCUCUGGCAAAAUCCUUUACCUAUAUAAUGAUGUGUUUGCUGUGCCCAUUCUUUACUAGAAUGUUUUUACAGAAAAGCAGGAUCUUUGUUCCUUGAACAUUUUGGCCUCCUUACCUGACGGUUGCUAGGGUGUAUUUGUGACAUUGUAACUAAUUGGUUUGUGGCAUCAGUGCUUUCCACAGCAAAUUUGAGUGGCAGGUGGUGAAGAUGAGUAAACAGGAGUAGACUAAAAGAACAGAGCUGUUGGGAAUUGUGGGUAUAGCCAGCAAGGGGGAAAAAUGCAAUUAGAGAGACCUGCAGGCAGAUGUUUUUUUUUUCCCCAAAACUGAACUGUCAGCUGUUUGUUUUGAAAAAUGUUAAUGUUUUUAAUUGAAAUGGUCCACUUAAUCACUGUAAAUGUAUCAAAGUUUUAUUCCUAGAAAGGGGCAGGAAUUUGUACAGCAUCACUUUAUUUUUGGUUUUUCUAUGAGCUCUGUGAGAUGGCUUCUGCCAAAUUUCAUUCAAUUUAGUACGCUAGGAAAAUAAGGUAUAUAAAAUGAUAAGGCUUCAAAGAUUAGCAUCUGAAUUUUUCUGCUGACCUCUUUGUUCUUUAUUGGGGCUAUUUAUUUAAAUAUUCUGUCUUGAAAAUGAAUACAACCCUUGCAAUGUGGUAGUCUAGGUCAUAUUGGCACAGAUAAUACUAGAAACUGUUCAUGAUAAAAGUUAAUUUUGUAUCCUGUUCUGUGCGGGGAUAAGAAAAUAUUUGUAUAUUUUUCAAUAGGAGAAGAUGCUUCGUGAUAUAAGACAUUUGAGUUAGAACUGUGAAAAUGCCAGUCGUCUUUGGUUUCACAUCCCAUUAACAUACAUUCCUCUGAGUGUAAAUAUAGUGUCCAUUGUCUGCUGAGAAACUGGACUUUGGUAUGAUCAAUGCUGCUCUCCUUAUAUUUGCCUUUUUCCAUUUUACCAGCAGCAGCUGAGCUUUUCUGUUCUGCCCAUAUUAUAGAGCUUGGCCUAAUGUGUUGGUUACUUGCACAACAAUAAAAGGUUAACCUUGUAUCGGGAGUGGAUAAAUCUUUUUGUUUUAAAAAUCAUACUGGUUGCCUUAUUUCCUUCAAAGGAAAUGUUAAAGAGGAAGGAUAAAUGCUGCAUAUUCCUACCAGAUAUUAGUGGAGGGAGAGAAAUAGCAUAGAAUGCAGACAAGUUAAUAUCUGUCAUGGAGAGUUUUAAUUCUGAUGACCAGCAGAGUGACGAUCUCCAUUGGAGGUGGCGGCUUUUUGUUUCAGUACUGUAGGCAUUAUUUAAAAUGCUGCAGUGAGCUUUAGAAGAUUAAUUAGCUAUGUAUUUUGUAUUAAUUGUCUCCACUACAUUGUAUAUAAGAUUGUACAUGAUGUUAACUCUUACAAAAGUUAGUCAUCUGGGAGUUCUAAAGUUUAAUGCAAGGCUUUUUUUUUCUUUAAUGCUUUUUAUCCUUCACUGUAAUUGGUUAAAGUUUUUAUAAGUGAAUGUGUAAAAAGAGAAUUGGCUCCUAAACAAAAGUAGCUUGGUCUUCAAAACAGUUGGCUACUGUUAUCAGGAACUUUUGCAGGUUUUGAAAAUCAAGUCUGACCAUGAACUAUCCUUAUUAGGUGCCUAAACACAAAUUUAGGAGCCUAACUUUAUACUUACGGACUUGAAAAGUUUUACUUAAUGGGGGGCACUUUUACACGUGCUCGGAAGGUGGGGGGGGACUGGCAGCACUUUUAAUUAGAGCAGUUCUGAGAGCCGCUCUAACUAAAGCGCCACCAUGUCUCCUGUAUCAGCGUUCCCACGCUUAAAAAUGCUGGUGGGGCGCUUGAACUGAAACUCGUUCGAGCUUUAGUUCAGGCACCCCUGCUGACGUUUUUAAAGUCCGGGGACACUGAUACACGAGAUGGAGGAGGCUGCUGGAGUGCAGCAAUUGCUACGUUCCAGCAGACUUGAUGAAUUGAGUCUGCUCCGACGUGCUGGAAUUCUAGCAUGUCGGAGCAGCCUCCACACUCAUGUAUAGGCACCUUAGGUGACUACCAAAGAGAGACUAAAAAAAAUCCUAAACUUGAUUGCAAACCUAAUACUUGGUAUGGUCCAGGGGCUUUAUUCAAAGUAUGUAAUUUUUUUCUUUCAGACAUAGUAUAAACAAAAAGAAAGACUUCCAUUCAGACCAAAAGAAUCUUAUUUUGUAUAGCAUUAUGAAUAAAGUCCAUGUAAUGCAAGAUUCUUUCCUCUUCUAAGGAUUCUAUUAAUUAUGGAAAAAUCAUUUGGUAACAUUUUAAAGGUAUUUUUAGGUAUCUGACGUUCAUAAAAAUAUAUCUUAAAACCAGCAUGCUCUGGAGUGACCUAAGCAGUAUUUUAGCUGGACUUCUCUUGAGAGUAAUUGGAACCAACUAAAAAGCUUUUAUUGUAGCUGUUACUGUUAUCCAGCAGUUCAUAUUUUCUCUCAGCCUGUGUUCUCAGAUCUUUUUAUUUUCUUGUUCAGUGCAUUUCUAAUGGUUUGUAUUUUGAAAGUUUUAAAGUUUAAAAAUGCAACUGUAACUGAAAUACAGUUGGGGAUUUUUGUCUUCUAGUAUGACAUUGUUAAUAGUAUACUUUGAAAUGUACAAAAUCUUGUGUUCAAUUAAAUUAUUGGCACAUGUAACAUAAAUGUUUACAAAUAAACUGUGUUGUAGAUCAAA